CGAGUAUUUUCAUCCAAUUCAACAUCGAAUAUUGACAAUAAUAAUGAUGAUGAUGAUGAUAAUAGAAUCAAAUCAUGUUGGAAAUGUGAUAAGCCAUUACAUGAACAUCAUCCGCAACAACAACAACAUUCGAAUGUAACUAAUGGAUUGAAUAAUGUUCAGGUACUGAACAACAACGAUAACAACAACAACAAAAUAAUCAUUAAAUGUCCACAUUGUCAAACAAUACAGCCAAUCAGUAAAAAUGUUAACUAUUUUCAACUAUUUAAUAUUUUGGAACAACAACAACAACAAACAAAAUCAACAACGACAACAACAACAACAAAUAAUUAUCAUUUAAAUUAUAAUAUCGAUUUAGAAUAUUUACGAAAAAAUUAUUUAUGCUUACAGCAAAAUAUGCAUCCUGAUAUGAAUAUUAAUCGAUCAAACAUUGAAAAUGAACUUUCAUCAACAAAUUCAUCGAUUAUAAAUGAUGGUUAUAAAAUAUUACGUGAUCCAUAUCAACGUGCUAUUUAUAUGUUACAGUUAAUGUUUAAUAUAAUCAUCGAUGAAGUUAAUGUAGAUUCUGAACCAGAAUUAUUACUUGAAAUAAUGGAAUUAAAUGAAGAAAUUGAAUUGGCCAAUAAUGAUCAUGAUGGUCAACAAAUAUUAAUGGAACAAUUGGAAGAAAAUAUUGAAAAAUUGAUAAAAAAUUUAACCAUUGCAUUCGAUGAAUUGAAUGCUAGUGAAGCACGUAAAUUAACAAUCAAAUAUUCAUAUUAUAAUAAUGCAUUGGCAAAAUUGAAAUCAUCAAUUUUGAAAAACAGUGGCAAAUGAUAUUCAUGUAUUCUUGACCCAUUUUUGUUUU